AAGAUGGCGGCAGGCCAGCCCCGCCUCCCGUAGCGAGCAGGGGCGGGCGAGGGCCGGCGGCCGGCCGUGGGCAGUUAGCAGUGGGAGUGGUGGUUCCUGCGUCUUCCCCGGCAGGUUGUCUAAAUAAGGCAAAAUCUGUUUCUUAAUAUGAAGAAAAACAGAGGCCGGACAGGUCGAAGGAGAAGAAGAAAGCACUUGCAGAGUUUCAUGGAUGGAGUCAACUGCAGUCAUAAACUGGAAUACAUUAAGCUUAAGAAGUGGCUGAAAGAUAGAGGAUUUGAAGACAAGAAUUUAAGGCCAGCACAGUUCUGGGAUACAGGAAGAGGACUGAUGGCAACAAAAGCUCUUCAGGCAGGGGAUCUGAUUAUUUCAUUGCCUGAGAAAUGCUUACUCACCACGGGCACUGUCCUUAGUAGCUGCUUGGGAGAAUACAUUAUGAGAUGGAAGCCUCCUGUAUCUCCUUUGAUAGCACUGUGCACAUUUUUAAUAGCAGAGAAGCAUGCUGGUGAGAAGUCGCUGUGGAAGCCGUAUCUUGAUGUUUUACCCAAGACAUACACUUGUCCUGUUUCUUUGGAGCAUGAUGUAGUGAGCCUUCUUCCUGAACCAUUAAGAAAGAAGGCUCAGGAGCAGAGAGCAAUGGUCCAUGAGUUGUACAUGUCUUCCAAAGCUUUUUUCUCUUCCCUGCAGCCUUUGUUUGCUGAGAACACAGGGACUAUUUUUAACUACAGUGCUCUAGAGUGGGCUUGGUGCACUGUUAACACCAGGACAAUAUACAUGAAACAUUCACAGAGGGAAUGUUUUUCUCUUGAGCCAGAUGUUUAUGCAUUGGCACCAUAUUUAGAUCUGCUAAACCACAGACCAAAUGUACAGGUAAAGGCUGCAUUUAAUGAGCAGACAAGAAGCUAUGAAAUUUGGACAAAUUCACAGUGCAAAAAAUAUGAAGAAGUAUUUAUCUGCUAUGGGCCCCAUGAUAAUCAGCGACUGCUACUGGAAUAUGGAUUUGUUGCCACUGAUAACCCUCACAGCAGUGUUUAUGUCUCAUCAGAUACUCUCCUCAGAUAUUUUCCACCACUGGACAAGCAAAGAAAUGCAAAACUUUCCAUUCUAAAGGAUCAUGAUUUCUUAGAAAACCUGACCUUUGGAUGGGAUGGACCGUCUUGGAGACUCCUCACAGCCCUCAAGUUGUUAUGUCUUCAAGCAGAUGAAUUUACUUGCUGGAGGAGAACGCUGCUUGGUGAUUUAAUUUCAGCCAGAAACGAACAGCAGACUUUGAAUAUAACAGCAAAAAUAUGUCAUUUUUUAAUAGAGGAGACACAGCAUGUCCUUCUCCAGAUUUCCCAGUUGAAAAGGAGCAAGGAGAACCUGAAAAAAAACCUGGCUUUGGUAGAAGCACUACGCUUAGAAGAUCUGAAGAUACUACAAAAAUCAGCUGAGAUUCUUUGCAACUUGAAUAUGGCAACAACUUGACCCAUCUGGAGCUGUGAUAGCUCAUUUGCCAUGGAUGCACCUUGCUCAACUGUUUUAAUGGACCUGAGCAGCAAAGAAUAAUGUAAAAAGUCAUCAGAAUAUGCCUAGUUCUCUUUACAGGGUCACACAGGACCCAGAGUCUUAUUUAGUUCCUUGCUGAUCUUCAGUAAUACAAAGGGUUAUGCUGGGGUGAGCACAGGUGGCUUUCAUCACAUCUCAUUGAAAUCAUGGCUGCUGUGAGCGGAACAGCUUCUGGGGUAAUUUGAGCAGCCCCAGGAUUGUGGGCUCCAGCAGUCCUUGCUUUACAGCUGCCUGUGUGGCUAAAGCGUGGAUGGUAGGGUCAAGCAGACACUCCUUGGCAUUUAUUUGAGCUCUGGUGCUAGACAGAGGAAGAGGACAGAGCCACUUCUAUUUGUUGUGUACUGAUCCUUUACUUUUCCCUGAGAUCUAUGCAUGUCCCCAAGAUUUAGCAGCUCAUGUAGUGCCUGUUCGUUGCUGGAGUAACAGAUGAGGACUAGAGCACAGAUCAGCCCUAUUCUGACCAACGCCAAAUCAUUCCCUUCGCAGUUUCAGCCGGUGUUUCUCACAUUGUAAGGAAGUGUGAAUUUCCCUCCUUUACUCUUAAGGCUCCGUAGUUCCUGUUCUGACUCCUCCUGCUGGGAAUGAGAACUGAAAGGAUGUAUCGCUUUGAACUCCCUUGUUUGGAAGACCACCCAGGCAAUUCCUUCUGUUUCUGCUCAGUUCUGGUGAUCACACUGGGAAGUGUUCCUAUCCUGUCUGUGAGGGGAUAGUCUCAUGAGCUGCCUUUCAGCAUUAGUUCUACUUAUGUAGGGAGCUUGAGCUCCCUAUGUUGUUUGGAGAAGGAAGACUUCUUCAAAAGGCGUUUCAGGGCAGGACCCUUAUUUAAGCUGUAUAAACGUCAUUUAUAAUUGUGAUUGUGAUUAUUUUCCAUUUUGUGGGGAAUCACAUUUUAUAGAAUUUUUCAUUACUUUUUUUAGCAAUUUUUAAGAACUGUGUAUUUAAAAAGUGUUUAUUUUUGUAAAUAUACUGCUUCAUUUUCUACAGGACCUUUAUUUUUGAAAUAAAUGAAAUUUUGUACACAAUAGUAAAGGCAUUCUAGCUAAUGAUAUCAUUUAAGGAAAAAAUCCAGUAAGUGAAAACUGUUAAGUAUUCAAACUCAAAUGCACUUUCAGACUUUCUUUGGUACCUUGUGAACAAGAAUGUUACUGUGUAAAUGUGCUUGGAUAUGAGAGUUCCAGGGCUUUUCCUUGCUCUUUUUUCUGCCUCAAUCUAUUUGGGGCUGGAAAUGUCUUAAUAGUCUGAGAAGGGCCCUUCCUUACCUAGAAGGAAAUUUUGGGUUAGGUUCAAAGGACUAGGGGAACUGAGAAGUGUAACUGUUUGCUGUUACUCAGUUUUCAAAAACAAAAGUUCUUGGUUUUGAGGUGUCAUCUUCAUAACCUUUUCUUAGGAUUAGGAAAUUCUGAAAAUAAGCUUUUUUCCUGCCUUGUUUACUCUAAUGCACUGAGACUCUUUUGUACUCUCAGGCUUUCUCUGUUGUUCAUACGGAGAUGCUGACUGGGUGGUCACUUUACAUUUCAGAGCAGAGGGCAGGGUGAAUGGGUUGGGAGAGGAACUGAAGUGCUUUCUGGAGCGAGAAGCGCAUUUAUUACAUCUUUUGGGCCAACUUACUUUCAUAUUUGCCUAAACUGUGGUUUUAACCCCUGAAAGUCACUUGGCAUCAUAUUUUAUGCUCUGGUCAGGCCUGUCCUGAAGUACCUCCUGGGAUGAGACGGCUGGAUUUGGGAAUGUCAUCUAUUAAUGUCAUCAAGGGCAAUUCUCAUCAGCUCGCGUAAGGGUCCUUCUGUACCCCUGAACCUGGCUACAGCAAAGAUCAGGGGCGCUGAGAGCCUGACCCUGUGACUGUUGCUCAUUCAUUUUGACUAGGUCUACAAAAAGGUCUACAGGAGUCAUGGAUGACGUGAAAAGGGUGAAUGGUGACUGAGCAGUCACAGUGCAAGAAGUAAGGGCUUUCAAAGGAAGCUUGAAGGAAUUGUGUUCAAAACUGACAGAAUGUGGUAAGAAAUCCAUUGAAGUUACUAAGGAUACAAAAGUUGACAUGGAUGCAGCGCACUUAUAGACAGAAGAUGGAGCAGUUGCCAGCCAGCCAACUUUGGUCUUGUGUAGUCCCCUGAUCUCAAAAUACUUGAAGGUUAGAAGGGUAUUGCUGGCAAGUGUUGUGUAUGCUUGACCUGUGCUUGCUUUUUCGAGGUGUUGGUGGAUACUGUGGGAAACAGGGUACUGGGCUAGAGGGAUCCUUGCUUUGAACGUGUCCUGCAGUUUUGAUCAUUACAAUUGAACUGGUUGACCUCUGACUUUAUUUUAAUAAAAACUUUUUCAUUCUCUAAGAACAGAUGUGUUUCUCAUUUUAUAAUUUUAUAAUGAGAUGGUACCAGAGUUAAAGAAGAUAAGGAUGUUUGGUUAUAUUUUUUCUUUUUUCUGGAGAUGGCUAUUUUAAGAACAACUUCUGUACGAUGUGUCUUGCAAGAUGGAUACUAGUUUGACAGAAGUUUAUUUGCUUCAGUAUUGCACUAUAGACCACACAUUGAUACCAGGUGGUUUGAAUAUGGGCUCUACUGCUGUAACUCCUACAUGCCCUCCAGGGAGCGUAGGAAGGGGAUCUGGCAGUGGGGGAGAGUGGGCAAUAUGAACUGCUUGUCUGCCUCUUGCAUGUAAGCACAGCAGUAAGCCCCCAGCUUUACCUUAAGCACUGUAGCGAGUGUUCUGAAUAGAGCCACGUGUGUUUAAUGUCAAAGGCAAAAUCCUGCCUGUAUAAACUAUGGAACUGGAGCUAGUGGAUUUUUAACAGGAAUAAACCAGUGUAACACAGGUCAUGAUUCAGCAUUUAUCUCUAUAUAUGCCUAGUCAGCAAAAGCUUAAAUUCUUUUUUUGAAUCAAACCUAAACUACAUGCAAGACAGGGCAUCCUAAGCUGGGCUAAGAGCUAGGGUGCCUGAGGAAGUAACUGCACUGGGAGUGCUCUCCAGCUGUCUUACAGAGUAGAGUGCUCAAUCAAGUUUUCAAAGAGUGAAGAUGCUUACUCUCAGCCUCUGCUUUAACUGGAGCCCCUCUGAGCUGCAAACAUCUUAAUCGCUUAGCUUUAGUGACAUGCUGUUAACAUUUGGCUUUGGCUCUCUGUUAGUCUAAGAAGGGAUUUAGCUGUGAUCUUAGUGUGGAAAGGCAUACUGAAUUUCCCUCUUUGUAUAAAUUUCCUUUCAGAUUGUAUCUGCAAAUCUCAGCAAUAGCAGGAAUAAACUGCGGCUUUUUACCAUCAGCAAUACAAACCAAGUAUAGACCAUGGCAGUGAGCUAGAUUCUCUUCCAGCUUGUGCAGUGUUACUCAGAGAGAGCUAAAGUAGGACUGCGUUCUGUGACUGCAGUGAAGACACUGGGUUUGGGUAGGUGUAAUGAGAAAAGCUUUAUUUCUUGUGAUAACAGUGUGAGACCGAAAUAGCACAUCUUGAUUUUUUUUUUUUUUUUUGAGAGGAGGGAGUUGAUUUAGUGCAGUCUGAAGUCACUGAAAAAUGAUAAACAUGAAACCUCAUGACAGUAUCUUUCCUGUGACAAUUUAUGUAAAUACAGCAUGGAUUUUCUUUGAUCUUCUACAGAGAGUGGCUUCUAGUUUACAGUUUUCUUCGGCUGUAAUGUGUGGAGAUCAUCCAUCAUUACUAAGUGCCUUUAGACCUGUAUGUUUCAGGACAAGAUAAGGGAGUAUCAACUCUCAUACCCUGAUAAUUAAAGCUUUUAGGUACACUAUGAAAACAUUUCAAAGAUGACAUUCCCAAAGAAAGCUUUUAAAAAUGAUGUCUCCCAGGGUACAUAGUCCCUCCCCACCUAGAAGGUAAAGAGCACCCCUUUAAAAAUGCCACACUUUGGCAUAAUUUGAAGUGUUUGUUUGCACUCAGCACAUCUGUGACUACAGAGAUGAAGACAGUGAACUCUAGGGUGGAGGGAAAUUGUCCCAAAAGAAAUUUAUGAGUUUCUUUACACAAUACAUAUGCACUGAGUUCUUAAAGGAUUUCUGAUUUUUCCCUCAGUUUGGACUAGAAAUUGGUUUUGAACAAUGUGAAAUUAAUGAUUUUUAUCAUUUCAGCACAAAAGAAGGGAAAUCACAGCUUAGUGACUGGAUUCAACUAGAAAACUAACGAUAUUAUUCCUAUCUGCAGCAACGCUUAGGUGGCAUCAGUCUGUUGCACGUUGGAGUGAAAAAACAAAAAAUACAUUUCCAAUUCAUUCUACUGAAUAUUUUAGUGGAUGUCUGUAAUUCCAGAGUUAAGUUUUAGAAAGCACUGCAAUGAGCUAUAUUCAGUGGAAAAGCAAAGAGACUCAAUGAACCCCAAACUAAACUGUGUAAAACUAAUGCAAUCCCUGUGUUGUCCACUAGAUGAUGCAACUGUACUACAGAGGAAUAAGAAAUUACAGUAUAUCCACAUGCAAUUGUGAUCCUAUUUACUGUAUUUUUAAUAGUAGAAGUGUUGUCUUCAAUGAUGCACCAUGUUUGCUAUCAGAUAAAUAGUUGAAAAUGUAGUUUUCUUUCUGCUGGUUUCAAGUAAAACGUGAAGCUUUGCAAUC